CUCGUGACGUAAUUUCCGGAUAAAUACCGACAGUAGUUGGUGUAGUAAAUAGUAAAAUACCUUUUUUGAUAUGGAAGAAAGGAAUUAUAAAGCUAUAUCCUGAAUUAUUGAUAAAUAAAAUGACCAAAAAUAAAGGGGCCAAAAAGAUGUCCCAGCACAAACAACAGACGGGGGAGAAAGGGAAAUUCCCGGUUGACGGAGUGGAAGAUGAUAUACCUACAGGCCUGCCUUUUGAGCUGAAACCUAAACUGGAUAAGAUAUUCGCUGAAGUUGAGGAGAAACUGCCAAAUAUUGACUUUGAUCUUUCUGAUGUUGACUCUGACGGGGAAGAUGUGACCCCACUGACCUUUAAUCAUCCAAUGAAAACACUGGAAGAGGACAAGGACCUCGACACAAGCCAGGGAAGUGAAUCCAUGCUCGAGCUUCCCGAACUCUCCAGUAAUAAAGAUAACUCAGCUUUUGAAUUCUAUGACAAUGACCUUGCCUUCGCUCUACAAAGGAGCGGUGUAAGCCUUACCCCACCCACUGUUUCAUCCUGGGCAGAUGUUCCCACGUCUAAGGGCGUAGACAAGAAUAAGCAGGAUGCCUCAGUUUCUACAUGGGGUGAUAUUCCCAGCUCACCCAGGGACAAAAAUAGUGAACUUGGUGACAGUGAAAGAGUUGAAAACAAACUGGACAAAAAUGUUAAGAAUGUGUCAUUUGACAACAACACAGUUGAUAACAGAGAGGCUGAUUCUGAAGGUUUGAGCUUGAAUGGUUUGGAUGAUAAAGGGAUUCGGCGUCAGCUGAGUCGUGAAGAGAAGAGGAAUAAAGAUAGAGAGAUGGCAACGAGUCUCAUCUCUCCUCGAGCUCCUGUCCUCUCUAUAUCAGCCCUCGAAAAUAUUGACAUAGAUGCUUUGCUGCAGAAUGUAGAGAGUGAGAGGCGGUCCACUGCACCGGCCCCGAGACAGGCCUGGGGUGAGCCUGCAGCUACAAAAAAUACAGGCAAACCACAGACUGGCGGUCUUACCCUGAUUCAGAAGCUAGCCCAGCUUACAAUGUCUCAGUACGGGGCUGAUCUGGGUGAUAUUGACCCAAGCACGGGAGCACGAAGGAAAAACACCGAAAACUUCAACAACGUAGACAACUCGAACAACAACAGGUCCAAGACGGAAGGUCCCAAUGUCGAGGAGAGUCCCAUAGGGGUCAAGGUCACAGAUGUCAUGGUCAAGGCCUUAGAGGAAGAAGAGAAGUGGGCCAUCAAGGUUGAGCCUCCUCAGACAGCACCUAAGAAGCAGAUAGCUUCCUGUGGCACAAGUACAAGCAAUACAAGUGAGCCACUUAGAGUCAUCACACCUCGGGUGCCACCAAAAACUGCCUCGCCACUUCCCCAGUCCAGGCCUGCUAACUCAAUAACAGAUGUCCUGAAAGGCAACAAGGAGCCAACGGUGUUUAUUGACCUCCGAAACUUUGAACAGGUUCGCCAGGAACAGCAGAUGAACAUUGAGAGAGUGCAGCAGGUCCUCGGCAUCCAGUCAGAGAAAAAGCCAGUGUAUGUGGACAGUGAUUCGGAGGAAGAGGAAGACCCUGAGGACUGGAGACAGCAGAGACGCCAGUUCAAGCAACACAAUUUCAACAACGCCCGUACAAACAAACAGACUUACACUAACACAGAUAAACCACCGCUGCAUCGGCCCCCUCCCCGUGUGAUCAAUAUGUCAGGGAUGGCUAGCCGUAAUGAACCAAGGCCCCCAACAGAGGGAGGGGUGACCUCCCCCUCUCCCGCUCAGACCCACCCAUCACAGCAGAGGUCACAACAAGAGAUUGACAGGGACAGACAGGCUGAGACAAUCAGGAAGCUACGUGAACAGCAUGAAUCCGAACGUCAGGCGAAGCUUCGUCUACAGAAGCGUCUUGAGGCCCUGCGACCUACAGCCUCUAUCAGUGGCCGACAAGACCCAGCAGAGGCCACACCCACUGUAUUUGACCUGGAGGCAUCAUAUGAAUCAGCCCCCAGGAAUCUACCACCAGUGAUGUCACAGGACACGGACUGCGUUCUUCUGACCAUCCAUUUGUCCUCGAAUGGCGAGAUUGUCCUACACAGAGGCAGUGGUAACAAGAGCGUUGACACAGGUUGUGGUCUGUCAGCGAGCUACACAACCCUACUGACCUGGCUGCUGGCUCUUGUGCCACAGGACUUCACAUUCCUCAAGGGUGUGGCUGACGGACCCAUGGUCCCCUGGAUGCUUCCGUUCUACGUGGUCGGCCUGCAGCAAGGUCUCCUUGACAACCAGCUCUGCCUCAUGGUUGCUGUAACGCCUGUGGAGCAGUUUGACGCUAAGAGUGUGCCAACCAAGGCCAAGAAAAAUAAGAAGUCUGAAAGCAGUGUGGGCGGGGCGUUCCAGCAGCACUUACAGAAAUACCUGUCUGUUAACUCGCUCCACUCCGUCUGUCCCUGGUUACAGAACCUUGUCUCCAUGGAGGUCGCCCCUGGCCAUGAGGAUGGAACACCAGGGUAUGUGUACAGCCCCCCACUCCCCAAUAUCACAACGAAGCCCCUGUCCACCUUUAUCCACGUUCAUCCGGACCCACAGGCAGCGGCCAAGGUUUUCAACACAUCAGUUGGUUUCUUCUGGCAGACGGUUGACAGUGAUGAAACCCGCUCUGACCAGGAUUUACAUGAUAACGGUGUCAACUUUGACACACAGAACACUUUAUCUCUCAUUUACAAGAAGAUCUAUCAAGAUCCUUCCUCAGUUAUGGGCAUAUUUAACAGGGUUUUACAGUUAGGUUUCGAUUUAUCAGCCAUAAGGUUAGUUUAUCCGUCCCCUGAACAAAUGAAUGUGCCUAAAGCAGACAAUGCCUCUGUGAUGCCAGAAAUAGACAUAUUGAAUAAUGUUGGGGCUGUGCUUGCUCUUUGUAUUCGUGGAACUUCUGCUCGAUCAGUGUGGCUAGACGCAGUUGGGCCCUCAGACCCGGUCCUGGCCCGGCGUACCGACCCAAACUCCCUUUGUGCACUGUAUGGUGGGGACUCAAGGGAAGAAUGUCUCCUGUUUUGUCCUCGGACGGCAGCUAGGGUUCACCAGGAGAUUGUGCGCUGGUUCGGAGGCAGAGUGCCGCCAGGAAAUGUUAUUGAUGUCGGAACUCCAUACACGAAGAAAGACAAUCUGAGAAGUGGUAGCCCAAAGGGUCGUAGGGGCAAGAAAGUGAGUUUUGCUGAGGGCACUAAAGAUAGCUCAAAUAAGAGUAAAAAAGAUAUAGAUAGUACUGUGCAUAGACCACUAGCAACUUUGACGUCUACAACAAAAAGUGAGAUUAUGCUUGUGAUUUCCCCAUUGGUGCCACCCAAGUGUUUUGGAAUAGUUCUGGCUUCAUGUCAGAGGCGAGGGUUCCAGGUGACGGGGGUCCGUAGGUCUAGAUUGUCCAGCAAGAAAGCUGCUGCUUUAGGUAUAGCAGGCAAAGGUCUACAGACUUUCUGUCCAGGAUCGCUGGCUGCUGAAUCCUAUGAUGCUAGCCUGGCGGGUCAUGUUGACCGGCAGGGGGAGGGGCAAUGGGAGGAGUCAACAUUUCCAUCCACAAUCCUACAGCUAGUCAAGGAGAAUGCAAGUCACAGUGCAGCCAGUCUGGUAGAGGACUGUAUGGUCCAACUCACCCUGCAGGGAAUUAUGGGUAAGCUACAGCAGCGUGAGGGGUUCCCUCUGGAGUCCGCGCACAUGUUCCAUGCUGCUAGAUUCUCUGAUACUCUUCUUACAAACCUUGGGGGAGACUUUAGUAAGUGUUUUGACCCUGAGGUCCAGAUCAACCCUAGCUACGUGGUGCCCCAGCUGUACACAAACCCAGAGUUGGAACAAGUCACCGCCCUACUGCUGCUUGGUCAUACCAUUCUUAAGUCUUCUGGCUUACUACUUGGUCGGUUGCUGGGCAUGGUUCCCUACAGUCGCCAGCCGGCAUCCCUGCCAUUUCCCGAUGGUCUGGAGCUAUUAGGGAUGAAGUGGCUCGCGGGCCUCUCUACAUCACAGGCAAAGGAAGUCACACCGUAUGAGGUCGGUGAUAAACUGUGGAGAAACAGUCUUCACAAGCUCGCUAAUGAGCCUGUCCUUGUGCUGGCCGUGCGAGGGGUGGAUGCAUUCAGGAAGCUGGAGAGUGUGGUCCCACCCCGCCCCUCGUUGCUGGCCCCAGGGGCAAAAUGUGACAUGGAGAUGAUCCACGCCCGCACAGCAGAGGAGGCUUACACGUACAUAAGGCAGUUCUUCACAGAGAAGGAGCUUUUCUCAGACCCCUUUGCUCGCCCAAUGCUGCCAUAUAUCCCACAUUUCCGCUCAAGGCAUGAAGUGCAUAGCACAAAAUCCAAUAAAGAAGAGCCCACAUAUCCAUUGGAAGAGUCCAUAUUUGAGCUGAUGCAAUCUGGUCCGAGGCCGUUUCCAACCUUCCUUGUGAUAAAACCGCGGGCUUUCCACAAACACUUUACCAAGAUCCUCAAGAAACUGGCUCAAGAAGGGUUCAAGAUAGUUGGACUGAAGCUGCAGGUGUUGACAGAAGGACAGGCCACUAGGGUUAUACCAGGAUGUGUGAAGGAAGCAGAUGAGAGGGCACGACACCUUAAGCACCUAAUCUCUGGUCCCAGCCUGUCACUCUGUGUAGAGCGAGAGAAUGCUGUGAAGAAACUGCUAGAUCUACUGGGUCCCGAGGAUCCACAGAGCGCCAGACGGCUGUCACAGUUCUACUGGCGGGGUGUGUUUGGUGGAGAUUUAGUCACCAAUGGCAUAUAUGCAUCUGGGACAUACCAGGGAGCUUUGGAUGACCUAAGGUGUUUCUUUCCAGAAGGUCUCUGCUGCGAGGAAUCUGAAAUCUCACAACAAGAAAUAAUCCAGUGCCCUGCCUAUGACAUGGAUAUUGAGAUACAGUAUUCUAGUUGCAGAGACAUCAUCUUUACCCACAACCCUGACCUACCUCAUGAUGCCCCCCAUGAACUGUUAAGCCAGACAACGUGCAUCGUCCUGACGUCACUUUUACUGAAGAAGUUUGGUGCACACUUCGGCUAUGUUGACGUGAUCGAGGGGCUUGUUCACCAGGGGUUUGAGUUUGUUGGUGGUCGUAUGGCGUGGCUCACCCGAGAACAGGCUGAACACUUACUGUGUGUGCUAGAGACUGGCAGCUUCCAACAGGUUCCCCUGUUGCUGUCUGGCCCCUGCAUCAUCCUGGCUCUGCAGAGAGACAACGCCGUGCUUGCCUUUGACAGCAUACUAAGCCAGACAUUUAGCACUGAAAGCUGCCAGGGUCGCUCAGUGACUGACACAAUUCUGCACAAAUAUGGACGCCUCAUUCUUCGACCAACUGACAUCAAGCAGGCAAGCAAUGCUUUGAGAUUUUUCUUCAACAAGCUGAUUCCAGAUAGUCAAGCUCAGAUUGUAUCCAUCAAAGAAAUUUGAACAUUUUUCCCUGGAUUAGCUCAAACUUCUUGUUUUUAACAUGUUAAAUUAAUUUUGUGAAUAUUUGUAAAAUCUCAGUACCAUGUACCAUGUACUUUUGCGGUGAAAUAUUCUGUGUGAAAGAAUACUAAACAUGUAUGUUUAAGAUGCAUGCAUGUUCUUGAUGAACUGACCUGUUUAAAUAUUUCUUACAUUUUCAUGUACAUGAAAUAUUGAAGUGAGCUUUGAGUAUUGUCAAACAUGUUUGAACUUUGUGGGUCAUGUUUCCUUACCUAUUUAUUUUGCUGUGGAAUAUAAUUAUUUCAUUAUUUGUUCUCAAAUGUUCUGCAUAUACUUGCAUACUGUGUUCAUACGACCUGUAUAAAUAAGUUGUAGCUUCUUUUUUCUUUGAUUUGAGAUUCUUCUGUGUUUUCCUACAGUAAGCAUUAUACUAAUCUCAAAAGUUAAUUAGUGUUGUGAUCUUGCAUUCCGUCCUAAAAUAACUGCAUACAUAUUUACAUGUAUUUUUACAAACAUUUCUGUUGAAUAAUAUUUAUUUAUAUAUUUAUGCAAUUUUAUAUUGUUAAAAGCGGUUCUUAAAAAAGUGAAAUUGAUUAUUGAUUUCAACAUUCCGUCCAAAAAUUGUUGGCUUAGCACAAGGAGGGCGUAUUUCCUUCUGUUUUUACACUGAGGAACAUACACCUUGCGUUUAAUCCCAGCUUUGCUCAUAUCAAAGUUAUAUUAAAUUUUAUUUAUUUUGUGAAAAAGAUGAUAAUGAAAACUUGAUUAUUGAUUUGUAAUUGAUGGUUUUAAACAUUCCAUCCACAAAUGCUGCUGCUGAUGUAAUCUUUAAGGCAAUAUUUUGCUUUGUUGUGUUUUGCACUAUGCAGUUUUUAAUAGGAGCCAAACAACAAUGAGUCUGUCUGUCCCUAAUUUUAUUGGUAUAUUUUUAGAAUCCAUGCAACCCAUUAUGACAUGUCAAGUUAUUGUUGAUAUACAAAAAAUGUAUCAUUGGUAUUAGUUGUCGGCAGAUAUCGAUUAUUUUUGAAUAGGUAUAUUUUUUUCAUCAAUAUUAUUCAUGUAGCUCGGUUAAUUAAAGUUUGAAUAAUUACACAUAAAAUUGAUAAUGUAUAGUGUACUAGUAUUUACAUCAUCUGGUACCCGGGGUAAACUACUGCUCUAUGCUUUGUUGUGUACUGUGAGCAAUUGGCAAGGAAAAUCUCUUAAUUAUGAAUAACUAAUCAGGCAGGUGCAUUUCUUCAGCAUGGAACCAAUACAGAAGUAUGCACUGACACUGCAAAAAUUAUUCUGGCGAUAGCUGGAAUUUUACUCAGCUUGCCAGAUCAGUGAUCAUCCCUACAAAUUGUAAACAAGCCACUUAGACCACUCGCCCAUGGAGACAACUGACAGUACAGGGUAAUUUGAGAGUAUUUAGUUGUAACUGAGAGUUCAUUGGAAGAAGAGUUAUAUCCCCUGCCUCAUGCAUAUUCAUUAAAACAAGAUUUUGGCGGUCAAUUUUCCCAUGGUAUAUGAAGUAUCACGGAAAAAUAUGCCGUUCAUAUUUUAUUUUUCUUGUGCUGUAUAUGAUAAGUGAUCUUAAACAAGGUUUUUAACAAUAAACUGUAAAAUUACAAAUAUAGAAAUGAAGGACUAUUAGAAUAAACAGAUUUAAAUUAGAACGAGUCCAAGUUAUUCAAAUUUAUAAUUGUAUGUGUACAUGUCACUUGUAUGUAAAUUAAACUGUGUUCUAUACAUUCAGAAUUGUUUGUGACAGCCUGUGCCUUGUUAAACUGAAAUGUAUCUGUGUUGCUGUUAAAAUUUGUUUAUUUGUUGACACUUGUUAAAUGAUGAGUUAUAACGCCACUGUUAAAUUAUACACUUUAAAAAAGAUAACAGUACUUUAUGUUAGGGAUAGUGGGGUUUUUGAAAGCAUAAAGAAACAAAUGUAACAUUUAUAUUUGGUCAAAUGUGUUUAGCCCACCCAUAAUGCCAAGAUGAAUGAUUUGGAAUUUAUUUUAUAUUUGAUUCCUACUUCAUUAAUUAUAAAAUGUUAUAUAAACACAUGGCACCAACUUGGAAGUCCUAGACAUGUUCUUCGUAAAUCUUAAAGUUGGUGCUGGAAUGUUCAUACUGAUGAAAAUAGAUAUUGAUUUUAAACUUAAAUUUGGCAAAUAUAUUAAGUAUUUAUUGUUUGGCUGUUUUCUAAGACUUGUAAUUUGUCAGAGAACAUUGCAUGUUAAUUGUCAGUUUAACGUUACUAUGACUGUACUACUGUUCUGUGAUACACAUUAAAGGUCAUUCCAUUAUGAAUCUGCUUCAGUAUUUUUGGCAAAUAAAGUUUUAUUUAUUUCA